AUGAAGUCUCGCACAACGAGGGCAAUCCUCGUAGCGAGACCGUCUCUCAGACCGGCAGCUCGGGCUUUCCACUUCUCCACAAAGGCCGCUCCCUCCACUGCCCUCAGCCGGCAAUGGGUCGCUCCGUCCAGCCCCGCUGUCCUCGCCCUGCGCCGGUACGCGACAGCCGCCACGGUCUCGGGUCAUGUCGGCGGUCAAGAACCGCCCCUCGCGCCGUUCUUGCCGACGCCUGUGCCAGGAUCCGAGAACUUGCGCGCCGUCCUCAAGGAUGUGGAGAAGAUGCUUGUGACGGACGUUGGCGGGUCGUCGGCAUGGUAUGACCGGGUCAAGGCAGCGAAUGCGGACCUCGGCGCAACUCGCCGGGCACGGCUGGCUGUGUACGGCGACCCGGUCGCUGCGCCGCACGACGUUGUUUCGGCCUUUCUGCAGGACCCACUCUCGGACUCUGAUGUGAUGCGCAAGGCGAUCCUCGACCGCUACUUUGGUACGAGCAAGGACACUCUCUUUAUUUCCCUUGCCAAUGAGCCAUCUCGUACCGAUGGCAGGUUGGGUGCCCUAUCAUCCUGGCUGCAGGCGUCGGGCUGCGACGUUGCUGAGAUCGCGCAGGGGACCCAGGCCGAGUCCCAGAUGCUCGCAUGCGAUGCAACUGCAUUCGUGCUCGACCCCGUGCGCCUCGCCACCGCUCCGUUCCUUGACAAGCUGCUUCCGGUCGCCUUGGGCAAGGGCCGCGUGCAGUUCAUUGUGAACGGCCCUCUGCCAGCACACAUGACCGAGGAGACGAUGCUGGCAGCGCUUGACAAACAGAUUGCCGCCAUCGCAGUGCCGACGGGAUGCAAGGGCUACGAUGUCGCGUUCGUGCAGGCUGACAAGGCUCUGCGAGCACUGGAUGCACUGGCGGGCGCUUUGGGCAGCUCAGAGGGCGAGAGCAAGGGCCUCGCCUUCGACACGUUCCAACACGACUUCAUCGCGUCCAAUAUCGGUCCGCUGCAGGCCCAGCUGAAGCACAUCGUGCCGCCUGAUGCACAGAUGGCGACAGCUGCGAGCACAGCGCGCCUCGCACUCGCGUACACGAACAGCGUGGUCACAAGUGACUAUGAAGUGGUCCGGAAGGCAUCGGACAUUGUUUCGGACCUGCGCAGGGAAGCAGCGGACGGGUCGGGGCGUGCGCGCGGCAUGAGCGUUGUGAGCAAGGGGAGCUCGAGCGGUGUUGUCGACGGCAGCGUCGAUGCCAGCGUCCGCACGAACAAGCACGACCUUGAGCAGCUGUUCAAGGGGCGGCUGUCGUGGCUGGGCAUUUUGACACGGCUGCGUGUCGACGACGUGAACGGCGACAUUGGCGGUUACAUUGCGCGCAACUUUGUACGGGAUAUCGAACAGCAGCUCGUCUUUGAAGCUGGCCAGCUGUCUCAGCUGCAGUCCCAGUUGGGGAAGCAGAGCGACACGACCGCCCGCCAGUUGACGUCGUCUUCCUCCGACCGGGCGGGGCACCCCUUCUCCUCCCCACUACUCUUAAACCACCUCGCCUCCCUCGCUCUCUCUAUCCCUCCAGUGACACCGACGUCCCUCUUGCCCCCUGUGGCGACGCGUCGCGCGCAGCUCGUCAAUACCGCUGUUCCGCAGUUGCAGGUGACGGCGCAGCGGGCGCUCGGCUCCUCCAUCACCCUUGCGCUUGUAGGAACCGCGGGCGCAUGGACGGCGUUCGCCCCGCCGCUGAGCUACAUCAGCGGCGGCACUGCGGUCGGACUUGGCGCUCUGGCCGUCGUGUCCUCCCUCGCCCUGGGACAGGCAUGGUGGGCCAAGGGCCAGCGACGCUUCUGGAAGAACUGGAACCGCGUGACGGCCAUGCUCAAGGACGACCUCAGCGCCAACUUUGACAGCACGGUCGACAAGCUCGUCCUCGCCCGCCCUCGCGUUACCGCCGAAGGGCUGCAGGAGCUCGUACGGAAGCGGGAGGAGCGGCUGAACGUGCUGGAGAAGCGCAUCUUCGCGCUCGAGGAGCACGUUGAAGCGCUCGAACCCAGCCCCGAAGUCGCGAAGCGGUAG